GCAUCGCAACCGGCACAUGACCGGCGAACCAAUGACGACACGUGCCGUAGUGGUUACUGGUACAGGUAGUGGUAGUGCCAGCGCCGGGGCCACCGCUGGCCACGGUACCGGGGGUGGUUUCGGUGGCCGGGCACCCCAUCUACAACCCCCACAUGCGAACCACCCGCUGCAAGCGCUCCGGACCGAUGAUAUCGAGGUGCAGGUGAUAGAGCAGCAGGGUGGCAUCGAGCUGUGUGCCAGCUCGGAACGGAAGGGCAUCACGGCAAACAGCAGCAGCAGCAGCAGCACGAAGGCGUCGAUGGGCUUCCACCGACCAGCAGGACGCAAUAGCGUGGCACAAUCGUCAGCGACCGGAACCACCUCGUUGGGUGCCAGCGCAGGAACGCUCGCCGGAGCGACCGGACUAGGUUCCAACGGUGCACCCUCUGCCUCUGCCUCGGCCGCUUCGGCCAAUCGGAUGGCCUCACUGAAGAACCCGGUCGGUUGGGUGUGCUGUGCACCCUGCAUCUGGCUACGCAGUUCGUCCGCCGUCCACAAGAUGGCCAUUACGGCCGCCACUCUGCUGGUGACCUCGCUACUCGUCGCUUCCCCCAUCCUCUUUCUCAUCUCGGCCGCUCCGUCGCAGUUACCGCGCGAUUGUUUCGCCGCCACGGACGAGGACGACUGUCAUCCGACGCCGGCACCGCCACCCGUCUGUGCCGAUCCGAUCUGCCGUGCGGCGGCCAUCAGUAUCGCGUCGCGCAUGAACUGGGAGGUGGAACCGUGCCGGGAGUUCAAGAACUAUAGCUGCUCCUCGCCCGAAAGUAGUCUUCGGGCGGUCAAGAGUGCACAGGAGAUCGCUGACAUUCAGCUGCAACAACUCCUUUCACUGAACACUACGAGCGGGAUCUUCCGGAAGUUGGGCCGGUUGUACGGCAGCUGUCUGCGGCAGGAGCUGAACGAUAGCAGUAUCCGGCGCCGGUUGGAUCAGCUCGGUGGCUAUCUGCAUAUCGGCUCGGUGGGACCACAAAGCAUAUCACCGCUGGUGGCGAAGAUCCGAUCGAUUGGGCCGCUGCCACUGAUCGGCAUCUACUACGAUCUCAGCUACGGGCGCAACCCGCAGACGCUGCUGAUCAUCGAUGGACCAAGUACGCCACCGAACAUCCUCGAGAACCCUGUUCGGUGGCAUGGACCGAGGGCACCACCGUACGAUGUAGACGAGGUGCCGGAGCUGCUGGGCGACCUAAUCAAUAUCUUCCUGCCGCUGGGGCUGACCGGCGAACAGCGCCAGUCCGAGCGGAAUCUUAUUUUUAGCUUCAUUCGUGAUCUUAAUCAGAUACGGCGUAAUUAUGUGCAGAAGGACUUCACCAGUAGCUACGUGCUGAACAACGUGACCGCGCUGGCGAAUGCGCAUCCGUUCCUCGCCUGGCCGGAUCUGGUGCCCGGUAACUGGUCCGGUCCGAUCGUCAUCCGCAGUCCGGAGUAUCUGCGGCAGCUGAGGAAGCUACUGCUGCAGCACCAGAAUCGCGUCAUCCACAACGCACUGCUGAUGCUGUUCGCCCUUAACACGCUGCCACCGGGGCGACCCUCGCCGUUGGUGUGCACCAGGGCGACAAACUGGGCCCUGCCCGAGGUCACGUCGGCCCUCUUCGUAGCCCAGUACAGCGAGGAGGUCAUUCGGCACGCGAUCCAACGGACGGAGGAGAUGUUUGAGAAUAUGAAGCAGCAUCUUAAGCGGGCACCGUCGUUGCGCGGUGCCGCCUUAGUGCGGCUGUCACAGCUGAAGGUCCAGGCGAAGGUGUGGCCAACGCUCUUCAAUCGAUCGGAAAUUGCGUCGGUGUUGGAUGAGAUCGAGAUCAGUUCGGACAAUUGGUUCGAGAACGUGCUGAAAAUCUACGAAAUCAACAACAACCGUUCGAGGACGAUUAACUUCACCGUGGAUUCGUCACAGACGGCGUACGCCUACCCGCAGUUAUCGAAGGUGUUUUACGAUACGCUGUCGCACUCGAUCGUGGUGCCGAUCUCGGUGAUACUGGUGCCGUACUUUAACCCGAUGCUUCCACCGUACCUACACUAUGCCUCGCUCGGCACUACGCUCGCCAAAGAGAUCCUCCGUUCGAUCACGAAAGCAUUCGAGACAAAGGUGAUGCAGUGCGUACCGAGCGCCGUCAACGUCUUCUCGAAUGCGAGCCGCAUGGAGCUGCUGAUACACUCGGGUGGGCUGCAGAUCGCGUACCACACGCUCCUGUCGCUGUCCGGUCCGAUCAAGGGAAUGAACCGGCUGCCCGGGCUUAGCCUGACGCCACCGCAAAUCUUCUUUCUCAUCUCGGCCCAGGAGCUGUGUGCGGCGUCCGAGUACAGCGGGAUCGACGUCAAUUCAAGUGAUUUCGAUGAAAUCUUAACCUGGCUCAUCUCGCAAGGUGGCAGUGCAGCCGAUGUCUUUCAGUGUCACUCUACUACCAAGCUAAGCUACCAGAAGAACUGCGAUAUCUGGUAGGCAGGGUGACAUCGGUGACCGUACAGGAAAUGAAAUCCCGCGAAAUAUUGGGAGAACGCGAAGAAGCGAAAGCGUAAUAAUCAGACGAGGUUGUCUUGUGAACUGAUACAAUGUGCGUGUGUGUGUGUGUUUUUUGGUAGAGCGGAGAGCGCGCCGCGUCGUGGUAGAACCGUUACUAGUGAUACUGACAGGAGCAAUCUUUGGUAGACAAUUAAGGCAUCAAAAAACCCUACAAGCGAAUAUUAGCGUUUGAGCAAAGUAAGUGGAAGCGGAAUGCAUCCAGUCCGGAGAUUCAUCCAGUUUAGGAUGAUCGUGUACCCUCCCGCCUCCCCGCCACCCUCGUGAUAGCUGCCUCGGAAUUAUGCGUUGAGUGUGUAGCUAAUAAACUAAUCUAUAUACAUACUGUUCUUAGUCCCAGAU